GGAUUUUUUGUUGGGGUUUGUCGUUUCUAAAAUGACACUUGAGAUUAUUUUUGUUUGUACGAUGUAGCUGUUUUUUUCUAGAAAGAUAUUGGUCUAGUUGCAGUGAUGAGGCGAGGAGAUCCUCUCCCUCGAGCCUUUCAGGCUCCUGUGGAUGUACAUGCCAGUGCGGAUGGCCAAGUGUACAUGUUCGGAUACAGACAAGAAGAACCAGAAGUGUCAUCUGAGGAUGAGGAACUCAAUGUCAUGGAGCUCCGGCCGCGGAGCAGAGAGUUGUCCUCACAGGAGAGAGAAAGAGUGGGAGAACUGUUCUUGUUGGAACGGGACAUCUCACAUGAAGACAAUCUCAACAAACUGGCCCUUCAAUAUGGAUGCAAGGUGGCUGACAUAAAAAGGGUGAACAACCUUUUUCAAGAGCAGGACAUGUAUGCACUGAAGUCAAUCAAAAUCCCAGUAAAGAAGCAUGGCUUGCUAACCGAGGCCAACUCUGAGCUCAGGAACCCCCAGCAAAGACACUACAAUGAUGUAGCAUCAUCAAACAGUGCUGAAGCAAACAUCUCGGGAAGACCUCAGGUGCAGGAGUACACCAGUUACCUGAAAGAGGUGGACAGUGACAUUGAGCGUCUGAUCCAAAGCACAGACCCCUCAGAAGAGGUAUUUUCCAGCGGUUCCUGGAUAUCCAAACGAUGGGGGUGGAGAAGCCGGCGUUUGCGCAGCUAUGGUGCAGACUGGGGGAUCCAGUGGUGGAACGCUGUAAUUGCAAUGUUACUCAUUGGCAUUGUCCUGCCAAUAUUCUAUGUGGUAUAUUUUAAAACUCAAGAUAAUGGUGAAUCAGUUGUGGACAAUAUAGUGGGCAACAUCACGGCCAGCUUAAAUACCUCAAAGAGUACGGGGUGAGCGUCAGCACAGGGAUAUAUAAAAGUAAGUAUAACAUUUGAAAAUUUGAAAUUUGGUUUCAUGCCUACAAGUUUCUUAGGUAAUUUGCAGAUAAACUUUGUAUUACAAGUUCACAUUAUUAUGGUACAUUCAUUUAAGUGAAUAGAUCACACAAAAUAAAAAAGUUAACAUUUAUGACACAGUAUGACACACAUAAUCCCAAUUUAUUUUGCAUGAAAAAAACAACAACACAUUAUUCAAAAUUUGUGUUCCACAGAAAAAGAAAGCCAUAUAAAUAUGGAGAGACAUGAGGGUGGGUAAAUGAUGACAUAAGUUUUUGGGUGAGCUAUCACUUUAAUUUAAUUUGCGUAGUGAAGGUACAUAACGUGACAAUUUAACAAAUGAGAUUGAGUUUGCAUUACAAACUGAGUGUUGCAUCUGCUUAUACUCCACACUCAGACUGCUGGAACUGUUGUUAUUGGUUUCAUGGGUGCUAUUAUUUAACUGAAUUAUGAAAUGGUUAUAACAAUUUUUCUUUGUGGAGAAAAAAAGUCAUUAUGAAACACAGCCUUUCUCAUCAAAUUGAUCAUAUGUGUUGUGGUCCUGUCUUUGUAUAUCAAUGCUUGGUGCAAUUCAUGCAAUUUUACAGAAAAAGCAAAGAAGGAAAAAAAAAGAAAAGAAAUCAAAAAGUUUGAUGUUUUGCAACUUUAUACCUGUUCGUCUGAAUGGUAUUUUGUGCUAACUAUCAUUUGUAUCCAUUUCAUUGUUUUGAUUUUGCCAGAACACUACACAACUACAGCCAAAUAGUUUUUUCAAUGUGCCAGCAGUGCCAGAAAAUUUACUUGUAUUAAAUAACUGUUUGUUGAGUCAUUUGAAGUGCAAUAAAGAAUCAUGUGAAUGAAUGAAUGAAGUAUUUAUGUGCAUGUGCAGAUGGACACAUUCUGACCUUUGGAUAUUAAAAUAUAUAUUUUGA